AUGUCCAAGUCACGUAUGCCUCUUAUCCUCGGCCUCGGUGCCGCUGGCGGUGUCGGGUACUAUCUCUACAACGCAGGCGGCAGCCCCAAAGCCGCCGAGAACAAGUUUGAAAGCGAUGUUCACAGCGCCGCCGCCAAGGUCAAGAACCGCCUGCCCGGCAGCAAGCCCGACGCCGAGAAGAAGCUCGAGAACUACGGCGCUGAGGCUGGUGCCAAGAUCGACAAGGCUUGGGCCGAGGCAGACAAAAAGGCCGGAAGCAUCAAGAGCCAGACCGAGUCCUACGUCAAGGACGCCAGGGCCGAGGCUGUCAAAGCCGUUGACAAGUUUGACAAGACGGUCGAGGACGGUGCUGCCAAGGCCAAGAGCGGUAUUUCGGGAUGGUUUGGCGGCGGUAGCAAGUAG